AACAUAUACACAUGUCUGUCUGCCUUGGUUCUUCUUCGUCCCUGCAUUCCAUCCUUUAACUUCUUCUCGGCGAUCUAGACCGAUUCACAACGGUUUCCUAGUUGAAAAAAACAAGCGGUCCUCUCUCAAUUUACGGAACCGUUCCUGCUCAACACGCUCUCACUCUUUUCUCCACCAGUCUCCUAUUUCUGCUUUAUUUGCACUUCUUUUUCUUUUUUUCGCGCACGGGGGGCCUUCAUUCCUCACACCAAAAAAAGGAGCUCCGUGCUUGCAUGCUACCAACGAUCAUCAUUCAACACUCAAUUUCACAAAAAAGAUGAAGUUCGGUCGUACAAUCAAAACUUCUCUCUAUUCAGAGUGGUCAUCAAAAUAUAUUCGAUACAGUGAAUUGAAAAAAGAAAUAAAAGCUCGUAUUGCAAAAAAUGGUGGUUUAAUUUGGACAGAUAAAGAUGAAGAUGAAUUUGUGGAUGAAUUACGAAAAGAAUUGGAUAAAGUGUACGAUUUUCAAAAAACAAAAGUAACAGAAUUAACUGAAAGAAUCAAAAAAGCACAACAAGAAGUUCAUCUUUUGGUUUCUUCUCGUGCAAAUUCAGCUUCUUCACUUACACAAGGAUCUGAUGCGCAUAAUACAUCUGAACAAGGUCACAACGGACGUGGAAAUGGAAAUUCAUCAGAUCAGCAUGAUGAUAUAAUUGCUCAUCACGAUGAAGGAACCGAUGACGAAUUCGACACAGACACCGAAGAUACGGAUGCAUACGAAGAGCGCUUCUUGGAGCUAGAAGAACGCUUAGCAGUCAUCAUCGCAGAUGUACACGAUCUUGCUCUAUUCACCAAAUUGAACUAUACCGGUUUCCACAAGAUUGUCAAAAAGCACGAUAAACAAACCGGUCGCCUAUUACGCAAGGAGUUCGUUCAGCAUUACUUGACAGCCCGCCCAUUCUACAAGGAGAAUUACGACAUGCUAAUCGUCAAACUGUCGAAGUUGUUCGACCUUGUCCGCACACGUGGUAACCCAAUUCAAGGAGAUAGCAGUGCGGGUGGAUCGCAAUCCGCUUUCGUUCGUCAAACGACAAAGUAUUGGGUUCAUCCAGACAACAUCGUUCCACUCAAAUUGGUCAUUUUGAAGCAUUUGCCAGUGCUCGUUUUCAACCCCGACAAAGAAUAUCUACCGGAAGAUAGCGCAAUCACAAGUAUUUACUACGACAAUGAAGAUUUGGAAUUGUACUUGGGAAGACUAGAAAAGACUGAAGGUGCUGAAGCUGUGCGUUUGCGUUGGUAUGGUGGUAUGGAUAACAAGCAAAUCUUUGUUGAACGUAAGACGCAUCGUGAAGAUUGGACAGGAGAAAAGUCAGUCAAGGCACGUUUCCCAAUCAAAGAAGAAAACGUGAAUGCGUUCAUGCGUGGUGAAUAUCGUAUGGAUGAUACAUUCGAAGCAUUACGUAAAAAAGGAAAGAAGAGCGAUAAAGAAAUCGAUUCUAUGCUACAAUUGGCCAAUGAAGUACAAUACUCCGUCCUCACUCGUCAAUUGACACCUGUCAUGCGUAGUUUCUACAACCGUACUGCUUUCCAAUUGCCCGGUGAUGCCCGUGUUCGUAUCAGUUUGGAUACUGAGUUGACCUUGGUACGUGAAGAUAAUUGGGAUGGUAGAAAGCGCGCGGGAGAUAAUUGGCGUAGAAUGGAUAUCGGAAUCGAUUAUCCUUUCGAACAAUUGCCGGCCGAAGACGUUGAACGUUUCCCUUAUGGUGUAUUGGAAGUCAAGCUGCAAACACAAAUGGGUCAAGAACCACCAGAAUGGGUUCGUGAAUUGGUCGCAAGUCAUUUGGUUGAAGCAGUGCCUAAAUUCUCCAAAUUCAUUCAUGGUUGUGCUACCUUGCUGCCCAAUCGAGUUGAUCUCGUUCCUUUCUGGUUGCCACAAAUGGAUAUCGAUAUUCGUAAAGCACCUAUGCGUGAAUUGGAAAUUCAACGACCUCCUUCCCAUCAUUACUCCAACGCAUCCACGCCAGGCAGCAAGAAUGGCGAAUCACCUUAUCACGAACCCGUCAGUGAAGAUGAAUUUGAGGCAGACCACGAUGAUGAUUCACAUCAUGGACCUGACAAAGGAACAAUGGCAGAUCCCAAACGUGAAGCUGAUAGCCUAGGUUUGCCAAUCAGUGAUUUGACAAAUUUACGUGAAGAAAGAAUGAAAAAUAUUCAAAGAAGACAAGCAGAGUUGGAAAAGCAACGAGCAGAAAAUCCAGAUGCAACGAGCGCACAUGCAGCUGGAGCAUUACAAGCAGAACAAAGUACAAUCUCAAUGCAAAGACGGUUAAGCGAUGUCAAUAGAGCUCCCAAACAGGGGAGAGAAGAAAUCCUUUCCACAAGUACAGCAUUUGACAAAAAUUAUUUCACUAAAUUGACGCCAAACAAUAUCAAACGUCUAUGGCGUGCCAAAUACAGUAGAGACGCAGACGGCGAAGAUGGUGAUGAUGAAGAUGAUCAAGAUGGUGCGCCUUCUACUGCUCGUACUGUCCCUGCUCGUGAUGAAGAAGAAAAUCGUGAAUACGUUAACUCAUUCCAUGCAGCACCAGGCAAAAAGGUUUCCGUUCCAAUUCGUAUCGAACCAAAAGUUUAUUUCGCUGCUGAAAGAACGUUUUUGAAAUGGCUAGAGAUGUCAAUCUUCAUUAGUGCUUUGGCCGUUGGAAUGAUUAAUUAUUCUAAACCAGGUGAUCAAAUCGGUUUGAUCGUUAGUGGGCUGUUCACAAUCGUUUCUUUAUUGGCAAUCGCUUACUCUGGCUCGAUUUACGUUAUGAGAUCACUCAAAAUUCGUAAACGUGAAUCUUCAAACUUUUACUUUGAUGCUUAUGGUCCUACAAUCUUGUGCGGUGUCUUGUUGGCCGUCACUGUUGUCAAUUUCGUCCUUCGAUUCCGGGAAACAAAUCAAAGUCGUAAUUUUAGGGGUUUAGCCAAUUAAAUCAUCUUUUAUUUAUACCAUUAUGCAAACAAACACACACAAACACUUCUUUUUUUACUGCUGAUCAUAUCGUUGAUGUAUAAAUGAAAUGCUGAUCAAUUG